AUGGUAAGAAUCUCAAAAAGAAAGGAAACGCACGAUGAUAAAACCACAAAGAGUGACAUUCCCGACAACCGGAAAGUAAUAAAACGAACUAAGCUAAACAGGAAGAGAGAUUCCGCUAGCAAGACGCACUCUGGUCUGGGGAGAAGUUCCGCUAACAAGACGCAUUCUGGUCUGGGGAGAAGUUCCGCUAGCAAGACGCACUCUGGUAUGGGGAGUUCCGCUAGCAAGACGCACUCUGGUCUGGGGAGUUCCGCUAGCAAGACGCACUCUGGUCUGGGGAGAAGUUCCGCUAGCAAGACGCAUUCUGGUCUGGGGAGAAGUUCCGCUAGCAAGACGCACUCUUGUCUGGGUAAGAGACAUACGACAGGAAGGAACUAUGAGAUGCCGUCCAGAAUAAGACAUGAUUACGACGCGCUAAAAGAUACAACGCAGACGUCAGGAUCUGGUCGCUACUAUGAGCAUCUGAGAGACGAAGUAUACACACCGAGAAAUAAUAAAGGAGAAGGAAUAGAAACACACAGUUCGGACACAGAUGGUCACUCUCAGCGUCGACGUUCCCUCCUGGACAAAGCAAUAUCGCAGGAAUUCCUGCCUCAAUCAAAUCAGGACCCCCAGGUCCGACGGACGUCAGCGAGGCAUGCAACACGGGCGUCCAUUGUUAGGACACCUGCAGGACCGCGUCGAUGGACCGGGAACAGGGCGAUAGAACCGGACGUCUACCUCAGACCGGGAGCAAAACAUGCAGUCAGGAACCGUAGGAUGCAGACUGGUCUCUCACACAGAAACAACAAACUGAAAGACUCGCGCUCACACACAAAAGAAAGACAAAAGCUACAGUUGGUGAACAGAAUACAACAGCCCAACAACAACAGACUGGAACGUUUAUUUCUCUUACACAAAGAUAAACAGGAUAUACAGCGCAAGCAGGUACUGCAAUCAUUUCCACAGUCACUCGCACGACCUCUACUGUGUAAAACUUGCGAAGAAGUAAACAAUGACCACGACAAAGAUGGCGUCAAUACGAAAGUAUCUACAACAUUGAAAACGACAUUACCUGAAGGGCUCAUUUCCAGGAUUAUACAGCUAACAGACGUCGGCCAUAAACAACAAAAGGAUGAUGAUCAUGAAACAGAGAUCAUGAGGGUAAACAGUGAGUCUGAGGACAAUAAAGGUAGAUCAUACCAUAGCAACACAGUCCAGUGGAGGACUUCCUCCCAGGGGCCAUCCAGACGUGACACUCUUGUCGAUAUGGACGAUAAUGUGCGACAACAGGUGGCACUCUGGCCGUCUGCCACUGACACCUGGCUCACUUCCAAGACCUCACCUGUCCCAGAGGUUAUACAGGAAUUCCUUUCAUCUCCGACUCUCAAGCAAAACUCUUAUGGUGACAGAGACGCCGAGCUGCAAGCACCGUGGAGGCAAUCAUUGAACAAAAUAUCGACUGAGGGAGAGAUACAGUACCCCCCAUAUGGUGUACCUUCCUUGGCGGGAGAAGACGAUGACGAGGCAGUAGAAGAGAAACUGCAAGAGGAGAAGAAACAGUGGUUUCACAAUCACAUACACCAAGGAAGAAUUCCGUCCGCCACCAAUUCGUUAACCUCUGAGGACAAGUGCUCAGACGUUCCUGUGAAGUCAGAGGUUUCGUCUCGCUCCGAAAGAUCCCUGAUUCUUCCUUUGAUGCCUGGCACUAGGAACCUGGAACCUGGGAGUGCCACUUUUCCCUCACACACCGCCUCCAGGGACACCAGCAUCUCAGAAGAUCUCCCUGAAGCCAUUGAUUCCACGAUAUCAGGAAGCUACAAAAGUCUCAAAGGCCGAAACGACAAAUUUUGGGAUGUAAGCGACAUCUCCAGUGACUUCGACGACGCUCUUCACGAGGUAAACAAACUCUCCAGCAACGACGGUGACAAGUGCAACGACAUCUCCCUCCAACACGACCUCCAAGAACCGCUUGGAGAACCACCUGGUGCUGGGGGUGGAGAUCGCGUGCAUAUGGUGGAGACGGUGGUGAUGGUGGUGGUAAAGGACAUCAACGACAACGCUCCAGUCUUCCCCACCGCCACCAUGUACGGAGAAGUGAUGGAGAAUGCACCUCGAGGCCUGCCAGUGGCAGUGGUGUCAGCCUGGGACGCUGACGACCCUGACAGCAGGAACGCCCAUCUCUCCUACGCUAUAGAGAAGAACGUACUGGACGAACGUACAGGAGAGUCGCUGUUCACUGUGGACUCUGCUACUGGGGAGGUUAGAACGGCCCGCUGUUGUCUGGACCGGGAGACAACACCCCGGUACACCAUCCAGGUGGUGGCCACAGAUGGUGGAGGACUAAAAGGUACAGGGACGGUGGUCGUACGACUGACGGACGAUAACGACAACCGUCCCCGCUUAAUGCGACGACUGUGGGAGGUGGAGGUGGAGGAGAGUUGGGGACCACCCCUCCAACACUCCCUCCAACACCACCAUGGAACUGACGACCCACAAGUCCACAAAGAACAAACAAUAGAAGGAGCAAGAGAAGAAGAGAGGUCAAUCCUGGAAUUGACCUUAGUUGACCCCGACACCCACAAUCAAUUUCUCUAUAGGGUGGUUGAGGACAGUGGGUGGGGGUGGCAACUCUUCGGGGUUCGAACCGAGGGUUCAGUGGGUCACCUGUACUCCAAGAUGAACCUGGACUACGAGAACCUUGAACACCGUCGAGGCUUCAGGUUCCUGGUGGAGGUGUCUGAUGAGGGUUCAGGGGGAUGGUGUGACCCCAGCCACACAGACUCAGCCUGGGUUAACAUUAACCUCAUUAACCUCAACGACAACCCACCGGCGUUCUCACGCCCGCACGCCCACGUCACGCUGAGAGAGGACGCCCAUCCUGGCACUCUGCUGACUUCUCUCCCCGCCCACGACCCUGACAUGUUAAGUGACGGCUGGCGUGGUUGCUACGCCUGGAGUGUGGGGGCGUGGCAGGGCUCCCUGGGUGCUGACAGCCACGGGGCGGGCCCUACACGUCUUCUACGUCCUGGACGAGAAUCCCGAGGUGCGCCAGAGGUGUUGAUUUCAUCUGGCGGUGGACCGUGGGGCGGUCCACCCCUCUCAUCCACUGCCACCCUGGGUUACAAUCACGACCUCAUACGACUGCCCCUCCGCCUCCUCCUGCCCCCCAUCGACCUGCGAGUGCUUGAAGGCGCCCCCACCGUCCUCCUGGGUCCUCACAGCCCGUUUGACCCUUAUCUGGACCAGGGACGAGGAGGAGCGGUGUUGGUCACCCGUGGACCACUGGACCGGGAACGAAGGCGGGUGUUAGCGGUGCAGGUGAUGGUUACUGACGCUGGGGGACUGUCAGCCGUCAGCACGGUACACGUCACCGUGGCUGAUCUUAAUGACCAUCCCAUGAGGCCAGGAGCUAAGACAGUUUACGUGUGGAAGGUACAGGGAGGAAGUGUGACGACAACCCUGGGUCGUGUCUACGUGGAGGACCCUGACGACUGGGACCUGGGGGACAAGAGUUUCCAGUGGUGGGGGAGAGCACACCCGGUGUUCACCCUGGACCAUAACAAUGGUACCAUCACGGCUGCUACCAAGUACCUCACACUGCCCAGAUACGACCUGGUGUUUGCAGUGUGUGACAACUGGUGGAAACAGACGCGUGUGAGGGCUAAUGUGACUGUCUUGGUUAAGACCCUUUCUGUUGACGCCCUCAACCACGCCGCCCACCUCACCCUCACGCCCAUCACGCCCACACACCUUGCCAGGGGUUGGACGCCCACGGUUGUCGACAUGAAUGUGACAGCUAUAGUCAGCCCUCUGCUCCACCACGCCCACACCUGCCACGCCCACCCAGGAGACCACACCCACUGCACACCCACCCACUGCCUCAACGGGGGCCGCUGCCUCGCUAACAGGUGUGUGUGUCCGGGUAACACUCUAGGACCCAGAUGCAAGAUUGUGACCCGCUCGUUCGAAGGUGAAGGUUGGCUCUGGCUUCCUCCCCUACCACCCUGCCAGCCUACCACCCUCUCCCUACGCCUCCUAACCUCCCAUCACCAGGCUAUCCUCCUCUACUCUGGACCUCUGGUGGCCUCCAGGAGACCAUCCACUAUCCCACAGGAGCCUUCUAGGCCGCAGGGACCUCCUAUCCUGGUGCUACAGGUGGUGGAGGGACGACCACAGCUGGUGGUGCAGGGGACAGAUGGGACGGUCAAGGCGCAAGUCGAAGCCAGAGUCGAUGACGGAGAUUGGCACACUAUCCACCUCUAUCUCACUGACAAGGUGGUGGGCGUGAUGGUGGACCUGUGUGGGCGUGGGUGGGAGGAACACUCCCACGGUGACUCCCACUGCGUGGCGUGGGCGGCCUUGAGACGCCCACGGGGCGCCGAGGCGUGGGCAGGGGGCUGGCCCCUGCAGGUGGGCGGUCUAGCACACACACCCACUCCCCCGGGCGCCCACCCCUGGAGCCCAACGCCCAUCCCACGCCCACUGAAAGGAUGUAUAUCUCACCUUACUAUCAACGGUCAGCACUUUCACUCUCCCACAGUAUCCCCACAGCUGACGGACCUAGGCUCGCCGCCCCACGCCCACAACACCGCCCACGGCUGCCGCCCACAACAACAAGCAUGCGUGGGAGGCUGCGGCCUCCAGGGCCACUGCGUGGGCGGCCUUCACCGCCCACAGUGCCAGUGCCCGCCAGGAUGGGCAGGGAAGCACUGUACUACGCCCACUACGCCCGUCACUCUACGUCAGGCAUCGUACAUGAAGGUGGCGCUGUCGUACACGCCAAUGGCGCGCACCGUGACCGCGCAAGUGCGCGUCAGGAUGACAACUGCGCGCCACGGCCUCCUACUGCGCCUCGCCCAGGAACAACACAGCGCAGCUCUCAGUAUACAUGUGCGUGAGGGCGUGGCGUGCGUGUCCGUGUCUGGCGUGGGCUGGGAGACGCGGGAGGCGUGCGUGGAGGGCCAUCCUUUACACGACGGGGUGUGGCACUUGGUCCGUGGCGGUCGACACGGACACAACCUGGUCAUCAGUGUCGACGACGGUGACCUGUGGAGUAGGAACGAGUCCUUAGUCACCUUCGACCUGGUCAGGGAUGCCCGGGAGAGGCCAGGUCAGGGACCAGGGGUCAGGUCACCACCCCCAGGAAACCCCCCUCGACCCCUUAUUGUAGACAGGAAUGAUGGGGUUAAUGUGGGUGGUGUGCCGGAGUUCGUGGGGACGACUCUGGUCGCUGUUCACGACGACCUUCACGACGUAUGCCUUGAUGACUUGAGGAUAUCUGGUAGGCCUAUGCCCCUCCCUCCAGCCUCCAAUGGUACUCCAUGGGGCCAGGUGACCACCCUGGAGGGUCUAGAGCCAGGGUGCCUAGCGUCAGACCCCUGCCACACUGCCACCUGCUUUCCACCCUUCACCUGCAGUGUCUCCUGGGGCCAGGCCAUCUGUAGGUGAGCAACCUCCAGCCACACCAUCUGUGAUUACACCAUCUGUAGCUUAGAAUUGCAAGACCAGAGCAAAUCAUCUGCAGGUGGUGAAUCUUCCUUUUAAGUCUGGUCUACACUAAUACCCUUCCCCAUCCAUUACAGGUGUAGCCCAGGAAGUGAACUUGUGGGCCGUACGUGUACGGACCUUGAUGAAUGCACGUAUCAGCCGUGCCUGAACGGGGGUACGUGUGUGAACGUACAUGGUGGGUACCACUGUGUGUGUGGACCAGGGUAUGCUGGUGCCAGCUGUGAGUGGCCCAGUCUAGCCACACCGGCCCACCUUUUGGCCACACCUCUGCUGGUAGCUGGUCUCACACUGUCUGUCCUGC